AUGAUUGUCACCAUUUGUUCCCAUCCUUUAGAUUGGAUUCAAAGUUAUCAAACAAAUCAAGCGCUUAAGACAGGCGGCAGUGAUCGGUCAUUGUCUUCAUUGGCCACCAUUUAUGUGAUAACUCCUACUUAUGAUCGGUUCGUUCAGAAGGCAGAACUGAUCCGAUUGUCUCACACAUUGAUUUUGGCCCAAAAUAUCCAUUGGAUUCUCGUUGAAGACUCGCCACAAAAGACACAAUUAGUGACACAAUUCUUGAAACACAUCCAAAAUUAUGGUCACUUGAAAUACACUCAUUUGAAUGCAUUGACGCCAUCGGAGUAUAAGAUGAAGACAACUGAUCCAAAUUGGCUCAAACCGAGAGGUGUCUUACAAAGGAAUGCCGGCAUUGAUUGGAUCCGAGAGAACGCCCAUAUCGUGGACAAGAAGGGUGUCGUCUAUUUCGCGGACGACGACAACACUUAUGACUUGAAAAUAUUUGACGAAAUGCGUGACACGAGUGGAGUGUCCGUAUGGCCCGUCGGUCUUGUCGGAGGACUUCUUGUCGAGAGACCAAUUGUAACGAACGGAAGAGUCAAGUCAUGGAAUACGAUGUGGAAGAAAGAGAGACCCUUUCCGAUAGACAUGUCUGGGUUUGCCGUCAAUACACAGCUAUUACUCGACAAACCAAACGCCAAAUUCUCGCUUCGAGUCAGCCGUGGAUAUCAGGAAAGCUUUUUUAUACAGAAACUGGUCGAUAGUAUGGAUGAACUGCUCGGGUUUCGACUGUUAACGGUUCUUUAG